AUGCCGAGCAAGCUGAAAAAGGCGAUCGGAGCGGUUAAAGAUCAGACGAGCAUCAGCCUCGUCAAAGUCGCCAACGGAGCCACCGGAGGCGGCGAUCUCACUACUCUCGAGGUUGCGAUCCUCAAGGCCACCAGCCACGACGAGGAGGUCCCUAUCGACGAUCGUCUCGUCUCGGAAAUCCUCGGGAUCAUUUCCUCGAAGAAAUCGCACGCCGCCGCUUGCGCCGCCGCGAUCGGACGCCGUAUUGGGCGGACUCGGAAUUGGAUCGUCGCGCUCAAAUCCCUAGUCCUCGUCCUCAGAAUCUUCCAAGACGGAGAUCCUUAUUUCCCCCGCGAAGUCCUCCACGCCAUGAAACGAGGCGCCAAAAUCCUCAAUCUCUCGAACUUCCGCGACGACUCCAACUCUUGCCCUUGGGAUUUCACCGCUUUCGUCCGUACGUUCGCGCUCUACCUCGACGAACGCCUCGAUUGCUUCCUCACCGGAAAACUGCAGAGACGGUACACUAAGCGGGACCAAACCGGAAGAAUCAGCUCCAGCACCUCAUCCAGAUCCCGGUUUAAUGCCAGAAACGGAACUAAAUCUCACGAACCGGCGGUUCGCGAUAUGAAACCGGCGACGCUCCUCGACAAAAUCACGUAUUGGCAGAGACUACUAGACAGAGCGAUCGCGACGCGGCCAACAGGAGACGCCAAGUCGAACAAGCUCGUAAAGAUGUCGCUUUACGCCGUCGCCCAAGAGAGUUUCGAUCUCUACGGCGACAUUUCCGACGGAUUAGCUAUUCUGCUCGACAGUUUCUUCCAUCUGCAGUACCAAUCUUGCAUCCACGCGUUUCAGGCCUGCGUUCGAGCUUCGAAACAGUUCGAAGAGCUUAACGGAUUCUACGAUCUCUGCAAGUCGAUCGGCGUAGGACGAACAUCGGAGUACCCGAGCAUUCAAAACAUCUCACUAGAGCUUCUCGAGACACUGCAGGAGUUUCUGAAAGAUCAGUCGUCGUUUCCGGCGAGCGCGGGGAUGUAUCCGUCGCCGAAUAGUCUUCUUCCUCCGCCUCUUUCUUCUAAAGAUUCGACGAUUUCGAGCUCGCUUGAUUUUGGAGAUUCAACGAUUGAUACGUCUGAGAGAUAUUCGGAUUGCGGGUCGUUUCUUAGUACUUCUUUGGAGGAUUUAAUGAGCAGGACAGAAGCAGGGACUAGUAGUCCUCCGAUGUCAUGCCAUUCCGAGCCUCACGGAGGAGGACGAGACGAUCCUAAUGGGAAUAAUUUCGAUACGGUUUCCACUAAAUCUCUUCCUAUCAAGCCCACAUUAAACCUGUUGAAUGAUGUUAACACCACCACGAAAACAAAAGAUGCCGAAAAGAAGAAGCAGCAGGAAGAUUCAAAGGCGGAAACUUUCGAUCCUUGGGAGGCGUUGAUGUUGAGAGAUGAUACUAGGAAGAACGUAGAAACCAUUCCCAGAGAACCUUCAACCUCUGCGGAUCAGACAGAUUCCGGGAAUUGGUUGCUUGCGUUGGAAGAAACCGCUACGCAAGUACAGGAUACUAACUCGAUGGCGAUAGUACCGUUCGGAUUAGAUGAUCCGAUGCCUGCGAUUCAAGCCACCAUGGAUCAAUACAAUCCAUUCUUGGAAGCACCAGCUACGCCGUUAGUUGCAGCCGGUCCAACUGGAGGUCCGAUGACCACGUUCAAUGCCUUUGCUGUGACGGAGUUUCAGCCAGAACCGACAUUUCAGGUAAACGUUCCUGAAGAUUUUGAGCCGUCGUUUACGCCAACGUUCAAGGCCACAGGGGUUUUGCCGGUGAAGUGUGAUCCAUUUUCAACAUUUGAGAGUUUUGGGUUCGGAGAGACAGUUUCAGAAAAUGGAGGGGUACACCAGAAAUCUGUGUUGGAAGAACAGCAGUUAUGGUUGCAGAAUCAAAGCAAGAUCAUAGCUAAGCAUUUGAACUGA